AGAUGGGCGAUAUUAUCGGUAUCGAUAAAUAUCAUCGAUAUUUUUAUGACGAUUAUCAUCGAUAAAUUGAAAAUUAUAUCGAUGAUAAAUGUGCUUUCAAUGCGAGUAAAUUUCAUACAUUUCUCAUUGAAACUUGAAUGUUUUUCACCAUAAAAUGCCGGCAGUAAUUUGGGAUUAUUUUAGCAAUGUGAACAGUACAUCCGUGAUGUAAGCAGUGUAACAAAAUAGUGAAAACCUCUGGUAACACUACCAACAUGAGGAGCCAUUUUCAGAGAAAACACCCAGUCAUCUAUGAGUCAAUUUUUCAAGUGAACCAAAGGAUAAACAACCAAAGAUAGAUGAUCAAAUUAGUGAAAUUAAUUCAUUUAAAGAUGGUGAAAGAAGCUCGUCAUUCACAAGCUCUUUAAUAUGGUUCAUUGUUAGAAACUUCCAGCCUUUUAAAGUGGUGGAAUCGCCUGAAUUUAUCUCAAUGAUCAAAUGCUUAUCCCCUCAUGCUCGUGUUCCAUCAAGAAAAGCAAUCACUAACAUGAUCUCCGAUAUGUUCCAAAGGAAAAAGGAUCUCGUCAAGCUUCAUCUCACCACUAUAAAUUAUGUAUCUUUUACUUGUGAUAUUUGGACGGACACUUUUAAUUCUCGUUCUUAUCUUGGACUCACCUGUCAUUACAUUGAUGACUAUCACCCUCAGAGCAUAUGUUUAGCAGUUAAGCAUAUGAACGAAAGUCACUCAGCUGAUCAUAUUGCAGCUAUUAUAAGAGAAGUUAUGGCAGAUUACGAAAUCUCAGGUGAUAAAGUGGUAACUAUUGUUACGGAUGGUGCUGCUAAUAUGGUCAACGCUGCUAAUCAGAUCUCUAAGUCAAUAUGGUGUGUUGCCCAUCGUCUUAAUCUUUUGGUCAAUGAUGCAAUAAGAGGUAACAAAGAUGUUGACAAUCUUAUUGCAUCAGUGAGAUCAAUUGUUACGUUCUCAAAGCAAAGCAAUAAUUUCGCUGAUGCAAUCGAAAAGGAGCAGCUCAGAGAUAAUCCUCGUUCACUCAAAUUGAUCCAAGAUGUACCAACUCGUUGGAAUAGUGCUUAUCUCAUGUUAGAUCGAUUUCUCGCAAUCAGGAAUUACGUAAAGAUGGCAUUGGUCAAGGUGCAUAAAGAAGACAUGGAUAUUAGCUAUGAAGCAGUUGAUCUUCUUAAUGACAUAAGAGAUUUACUCAAACCAUUUUAUCAAAUGACCAAUGAUGUAUCUGGUGAAAAUUAUGUCACCAUUUCAAGGAUUAUUCCUGUUGUGAACAAUUUAAGUUACGUAUUGAGUAUGGUUAAAGUUACGUCACUUACUGGAUUGGACCUGAAGAAACAACUAGAGAACGGAAUUGAAAAACGUUUUGGUUCGAUUGAAAGGGUUCAACUUUUAGCCUUUGCUACUAUACUUGACCCUCGUUUCAAGAAAGUUGACUUUGCUGCACCUUCAGCUUGUUCCUCAGCUAUUGUUUCAAUCAACAACCUUCUAAGUGAUGUUCCUCUUACCCAAUCAAUAGAAACUGAAGGUGAUAGUGAUCCUCUUUGGGUCUUACAUGCCAAGCGAUGUCAACAGUUGGUUGAUAACCAUGGAGCUUUGGCAAGUGGAUUCAAACAUUAUUUAUCAAGUCCAACAUUAGAAUUGAAUGGAGAUCCAUUGGAUUUUUGGAGAAAGAACAAAGAAAGUAAUCACGCUUUACAUAACUUGGCCCUCAAGCAUUUAAGCCCACCAGCAACAUCCGUUCCUUGUGAACGACUUUUUUCCAAAUCAGGAACAAUUAUCAACGAGAAAAAAAGUAGGUUGAAACCUAAAAAUGUUGAAAUGCUUUGUUUUUUAUACUCUUUACCUAAUUGUUUCAAAGACUAAAAUUUAAUAAUAAAUAUCGAUUUAUCGAUA